AGCUGCGGCUCCUGUUUCGGUUAUAUUGUCUUUUGGAAAACUCACACGUUCUGAUUGUAUUCUUCCAGAAUGUUUAAAUGUUUUGUCCAUUUGUUAUAUUUUCUGAAAAUUGAUGAGUGCCUGAGUUCCAGCUAAUGUUGUUCUUAGAAAGCUUAUAGAGAAAGCUAGUAUGUAAUGGAGGAAGUAAAUAUGUCAUUAUAAAUUGAUAAAGCCUGGAAGAUAGAAGACAGUGUUAGUUUGUUUUUAUCUUUGGGGGAGUAUGUGAAACUAAAAAAGAAUUAUAAUUAACCCAAGACCAAAAAACAAAAACAAAAGUGAAUAUAGGCAUCAGCUAUGCUGAAAAGAAAGGGAAAAAGAGAAUAGGAGAUAGUGAACACUUUCUGUGGACUGGUACAUUAAAUUUGUGGAGGAGACAAAGGGAAGUGCGCUAGGGAUUAUUCCUCGGUUUGAUGCUAGAGUCAUUUUUUAUAUUUGGGGAGAAAAGCUGAAGAAUGAAUUCUUCAGUAUAGGACAGGAAAGGUGUGAUAUUGUGGCAAGGCUCUUCCCAAAGGAAUCCAGUGAGGACCUUUUCUGAAUAAACAAAGGCAACAUGGCACAGUUAGUUCCUAGAUACACAUGUGUAGUUCUUGAAGGGCUCUGUAACAUAGAUUGUAUUCAGUCAGGCUAUCAUAUGUUACUGUGUUACCAUUUAAGAAAGACAAAGGCACAAAAAUUGUACAAACCCCCCCCCCCCUUGUUUAGAGUGCAAAAAAGUGGGGGUUGGAGCAACACAAGUGCCUGCCUGGCAAGUGCGAGGUUGUGAUCCCUGCUACAAAAAAAAAAAAAAAAAGCUAAGGAUACAGCCCAGUGUCAGUUCCCUGGGUUCAAUCUCCAGUACCAGAAUGGGGGUGGGACUUAAAAUGGGGAGACUCUGAAUCUGUGGUCAAAUCCAAGAAAUAAAACUGAUUUCCUAUUCCAAAGAUGUAAGUAGAGAUAACAUAGGAUAAAGCAUGAAUGUGUUUUAAUUUUCACAAACAGGAAAUUAGCUUCAUAUGCGUAAUUCUGGGUGAAAGAAGCUAGGCCCAAAAGAAUGCCUGCCUCUCCCCAAGGCAGGGAUUUAGUGGUCAGAUAAUACAUUGUUUUUCUCUAUUGAUGCCCAACAAAUUUAAUGGUUUAAAAUUGCACACAUUUGUCUCACAGUUUCUUUGAAUUAGGAAUCCAGACAUGGUUUGGGUAGUAGGUUAUCUGCUCAGGAUUUUACUUAAUUGCAAUCAAGACACAUUGAUUGGGUCUCAAUCUCAUGUAGCUUAACUGGGAAAGCUUACAAAGGGAGAAAUCUGUUUCUAGAUGCAUUCAUUUCAUGGAUAAAAGUCAUUUCCUUGCAGUCACAGACUUUGUUGCUCACUGUUUGCAGGAGGUAGUUCUUGCCACAUUGCCCCUUCAGAAGUGUCAGAACCAGUGUCAAAAUUUGCAGUUUUAGAAGUGGCAUGGUAGUUUAUGCCUGUAAUCUCAGCACUAAGGAGGCAGAGGCAGGAGGAUCACCAUGAAUUCAGUGCCACCUUGGCCUACAUAGUAUAUAUAAGGCCAGCCUGGAAUACAAAGUAAGUUCAAGGACUAGAAUACAUAGCAAGACCUUGUCUCAAACAAAACAGGAAACAAACAAGAAAUAAAAACAAACUUGAAAUCUUAUGUUGGGGGGUAUAAAGUGAUAAUUCAGUAAAGCAUAUGUAGACUGUGGGUAUUGCAUAUAACCAAAGGGAAGCAGAGGUGGGCUAGUAGGAAAGGCGGGAGGAAGAAGGUAGAAGGCUUUUCGUGAGGAGAUGGUACGCCUGUGAGGAUGCAAAGGUGUUCAUUUAUAUGGGGGACGUGCUUCCUGUGGAAAACAGUAAUCUCCAUUAAUUUUAGUGACCUGUGCCAGAUUUUCCUUUAGGUGUGGUUAUGGGGAAGUAUGCAUUUGUACAGAAACUAGUUAGUAUACCAGACAUGUGGCCUAAGCAGACUAUGAGUUCAGGAGGAAAAAGCAGAACAAUUCUGUGUCUGUUUUGUGUCAGAGAGAUGUUGCUGUGUGGAGAUCUAAAUGUGAUGCAAGAAUCUCCAACAGAAGGUUUCUGAGUUGAGGCUCUUAUCUAAGGCGACGACACCCUUGACGGUGGUAUUUUGAGCUAGGAUGGAGUCACCUGGUGUGUAAGAUUGAGGUAUCCUUCUUAAAUAGGUACCCACUAUAGUGGCUUUCUGAAUUGUAAACUAACCCAGUGUAGCGCCUGAGCCAUUAGUAGUAGUAAUAGCAACAGUUAAUAGAAUCAUGUUUGGCUGUACCUGAAUUUUUUGUCUGGUGUUAUGUUGAUUUUGGGGGAAAAAGCUUAGGUUCUUUUAUUAGUGGACUGGAGGGACUAUGGUUUGAUCUGGCAAAUCCUUGCUUUGUGGCCUAAGUGUAUUGUGUAUUUGUCAGGUGACAGAUUCCCAGAGGAUUUCUUUUUUAUUUUGAAUAAGAUAGAUUUAGGUAAUGAUUCAGUAACUUAAUAAAUUUAGAGACAAGGGCAUUUGUUGACCAGGACUUAUAGUAUCUAAGAUGCCUGCCUGGUGUUUGGCCACGUGUAUGGUUUCUUGGAUCCUCCUGUCUUUUACUAAGGACAUCCUCAUGGUUGGAAAGCAGCUACUCUCCGCUAAGCUCCAUCACAUACAUAGUCUGAGAAUUCAGUGAGUUGGAGCUGGGGAUUUAGCUCAGCGGCAUAAGCGCCUGCGUUGCAAGCAGGCAGUCGUGAGUUCGAUCCCUGGUACCGAUAAAAACGAAAAAGACAAAAAAAAAAAAAAAAAAAAGAAUUCAGUGAGUUAGUGUCUGGCCUUCUCGGGUAGUCAAGGAGGAGGCACAUGUUCCUCUGUCACUGUGGUAUCUGGUAAGAGACUCAGGGCAGGGAAACCAUUGUCUCCUGCAGGUAGAAUAUACCCAAGGAUCCCUAUUUGGCUUAGUGCUAUGGUCCUUAGUGUGCAGGCAAAGUGUGUAUGACUCAGAGGGUAGCAGAAGUGGGUAUGGGAGGUCACAGCUGUGGGUGUUUGAAAGCCUGUGUAACCAAUGGGCACAGGAAUGGCUAAGAGACUUGAAGAGCUACUAAGAAGGAUUCCCAGAGCUUCUGCCUUACGAGUUUUUCUAACUUUUUAUUUAUUUAUUUAUUUAUUUUUGAUUUUCAAAGGUGUUAACAGGAGGAUCAGUUGGCUUUAGUUUGAGUGUAAAAUUUGUGAAUGAGGACUAUAUUGCUACCAGAACCUGAAAGUAGUAGAUGAUUUGUAGUUAGAUGUUCUUCAUUAGUGUUGUAAACUGAAUCUUCUUGAGAAGCAUGAAUGUGAUAUCAUAUCUGUGUUCCUAUAGAAAGUGGCUAUCAUUAGGAUCUUGUAAAUAUGUAUAAUGACUGAUCUGUUGGGUAGCUGGAAAAGGUAUUGUAUUUCUUAGGAGGAAAAGCAAACUGUAACUGAGUAGCUGUUGACAUAGGCCCUUCCAGGCAUGGUUGUGUACACCUGUAAUCCCAAGAGGCUAAGGCAGAAGGGUCACUGUGAGUCAAACCAGUCUGGGCUACAUAAUGAGUUCAAGGCCAGCCUGAACUACAAGUGAGACCCUAUCUCAAAAGACAAAAAUAACAAAAAUAAAUAGGCAUUGAGCCAACAUGUAACCAUAUUUGUAAAAGCCAAAAAAUUACUUGGUGUUGGAUGGAUACAAUCAGUAAUUUCAGUAAUGUUGGCCCUUGAUGGAUUGGAUCACCAUAUAUAAGGUUGAGGAACCCAUAAUAAGGUACUUUUAUUUUCAGAUUUAAAAAUAGACAAAAUUAAGCUGAGUUUCAAUCCUUGAAGUCCUUAACAAUUUUAGUUGAGGAUCCAUGACUUCCAUGUUGCAAAGCCAGCGUGUAUUAAAGUCUUAUGUAAUAUUCAUUAUUUCUGUGUGUGUGUGUGUGUGUGUGUGUGUGUGGGUGGUGUUGUGUGUACGUGUGUUUUGGUACUGGGGAUUGAAUCCAGGAUCUUCUCACAUAGCUAUUUUUCCAGCCCUUGUUUUUUUUUUUUGGUUUGUUUUGAGACAAGGUCUUGCUAUGUCAUCAUGUUGCCUGGUCUGAACUUGAACCAGGAAUCUUCUGCCUCAGUCUCCUUGAGUGAUGUAUUACAGGAGUGUGCCACUAGGCCUGAUUUAUUUUAGUAUUUCUUUUUUUGUGUGUGUGUGUGUGUCUUUUUUUUUGUCUUUUUCCUUUUUAUCGGUACCAGGGAUCGAACUCACGACUGCCUGCUUACAAGGCAGGCGCUUAUGCUGCUGAGCUAAAUCCCCAGCCCCUAUUUUAGUAUUUCUUAUGUUAGAGUGUUAAAGCCCGAUGUGGAAUUUCUAGUAAAAUGGAAGCUAUGACUGUGGAAACUUUACAGAAGGAUACGGUAAAAGCAAGGCAUAUGCCUAUUAGGUGUUUUUUUGUUUGUUUGUUUGUUUUGUAUUUAGUUGUUUAAGAUUUUAGGAGGGGCAAUAUUUAUUUAUUUAUUUAUUUUUCUUGGUACCAGGGAUCAAACUCAGGACCUCACACUUGCCAGGCAGGCGCUUAUGCUGCUGAGCUAAAUCCCUAGCCCUAAGGAGGGACAAUAUUGAAUUUAGUGGUAUUCCCAGGUAUAAAUAUAUUUUCAGCCUAAAUAUAUACAAUUUGAGCCCAAAAUUGAUGAAGCUGAUGCUAUUCUAUUCUAGUCUGUAAUUGGUACAUUUUAGCAAAUGUUAAGAUAAAGUCUAGUUACUGUUUUUCUGUGUCUGAUGUCUUAUUUUCAAACCAUUAAGUAAUAUGAGGCGAGCAACCGUGUAUUUUUUUUUUUUAAUCGGUACUGGGGAUUGAACUCAGGACCGCAUCCUUGCCAGACAGGCCCUUAUGCUGCUGAACUAAAUCCCUGGCCCCUGCCAUUUGCAUUGUUGAGUGUGAGCUUGAAUUGUGCUUUGACAGAUCAGUAAUUCAUUUUCUUCCAACGGUCGAGGUCAGCCCUCCCUGACAGUCCUUCAUGCUGCUACUUGUGGUCUGUGCUGCUGGACCAGUAGCCACUUUUCUGCCAUAUUCCUUGCUAUUAUUGCUUUCUUUUCUCAACUUUCUGUGUUAUGGCAGAUCCCAUUCUUUGUGGACUUAUUGGUGACUCAGUAGGAGGAAAAAAAGAAAAAGGAGCAUUUUUAUCCCUGUCCCCCUAAGACAUGUGAACAUGUGUCUGAGCUCAUUUGUAGUAACAAAUUUCCUGGUUGGGCCCUUUUAUGUGCUGCUACCUAUUGUCAUGCUAAGUAUUUCUUGCUUUAGAUUAUUACCAAAUAAAGAAUUUUUUUUUUUAUCGCUACCGGGGAUCGAACUCAGGACUGCGUGCUUGCAAGGCAGGCGCUUAUGCAGCUGAGCUAAAUCCCCAGCCCUCAAAUAAAUAAUUCAAAAGGCAAAAUUGAGGACACUCUUGGUCUCCUUGGUGUUGACUUCAGUCCCUCUGAGACUGAUUGAAACCCUCUGAUAGGCCACUGUGAGCUACUCUGGACUCCCCAGAAGCUUGUCAGUUGAACAUCUAAAGAGAAGAGAAUUUCAAUUACCUAGAGAUACAUGUCAUUAUUUUUUAUUUUCUUUGUGGUGCUGGGAAUGAAACCCCGGAGUUCACGCACAGUAGACAAGUACUCUACCGCUGAGCUUUUAAUUGAUUUAUUUUAAAUGUGUAUAUGCAGAUUUUAUUUACUAGUAUUUACUUGAUACAUAGGAAUUGUAUAAAUUUGUGGGGUAUGAUUAGGGCUGGGGAUGUUGCUCAGUGGUGGAGUGCUUGCCUAGCAUCAGUUGAGGCCUUGGGUUCAGUCCUUAGCACUAAAAAAUUUUGUUUCUAUUUCUAUUUAUGGGGUACAGUGUGAUACUUCAGUAUUUGCAUAGAAUGUGUUCAGAUCAAGAAAAUUGGCAUAUCAUUUUAGACACAUCAUUUCUUUAUGUUGGGAAUACUUGAAAUCCUCUCUCUUGGUUAUUUUGAGAUAUUCAGCUAGUUCUUGUCAACCAGUUACCCUACUAUGCUAUAGCACCCCCUAAACAAUCCAUUUUAAAAGAUUUUGCAAGUGAAAAUAAAAAAGAGCUGGGAAAGGGAGUUCUAAUCUCCUGUGGCAGAGACUCAGGGAGAGGUCACCCUGAGUCACCAGCCCAUGCUAUUCUUUCCCCCUUAUCAGUGAGAGACAGAAAUUGAAACCUAGGCUAAAAUGGCUAAAAGCCUAGAACAAAAAGGAAAAGAUGAGGAAGAGAUGCAGCUAAAUAAGAAUGAAAAAGAAACUUUAAACUUGAAGUACUGUGCAGAUCCCAGAUUGAGCAAGCAUAACAGUAGCCAUGUAUCCGUCAUUUUAAUAUCAAACCCGGGUACCAGAGGAGAAAGUGCAGGACAACUGAAUAUAAUAUAAUAUAAUAUAAUAUAAUAUAAUAUAAUAUAUAUAUGAAUAUUUCAUUAUAAAUGGAAGCAUAUGACAAAUUAUAUGUAUGAAAAAUUAAUUAAAAGAAGUUCCAUAAUUUGAUCUUACUGAAAAACCUAAAAUUUAUAUGCUAAAUUUAUAUAUGUAACAAAAGAUAUAAAGGUUACUUGGGAGAUUGAGGUAGCAGUUAGAGAUUAGUCUAGGCAACAUGAGACCCUGUCUUAAGGGAAAAAAUAAAUAAAAAGGUACUGUUUGGGUUUUUGGCAUGCACAAUGUAGAUUUUAUCUUUUUUUUUUUUUGUCUUUAUCAGUACCAGGGAUCAAACUCAUGACUGCCUGCUUGCAAGGCAGGUGCUUAUGCCACUGAGCUAAAUCCCCAGCCCCCUAUAGAUUUUAUCUUAAUAUUUGCUAAUAUGGUCACCUGACAGAAUUCAUGAACUUCAUUAAUACUAAGACCCAAUUUGGAAUCUUACUAAAUUUAAACAUUGUUACUACCACCAUCCACACCUGGGAAGGUUACCUGCUACCCGAUGAGAAAACUGAUGGCCUCACUCCUACUGUAGGCUUGCCUGAGUGGUAUAGAAUCACAAUACCUGUUGCCCUAAAGUACUCCACAAAUAAGACUCUGAUUGAAUAAAUAAUAAAAGUAAAUUCUAUUCUUGUUACUAACUGGCUUGAUAUGUGCAACUCCAUGGGCCUAAUUAAAAUAGUUAACAUGGCCCCAAAUAAAUUAAGAUCUUUAGAGAUUAAACUUGCUUAUAUGAGACCUAAUAAAUAGAGGCGAUUAUGCCCAUUGCUUCUCCAUGUGAACAGGCCAUUAUUACCUGUUCUGAAUAUAACAGUAAAUAAGUGAUGCCUUCCAAUGGACUGCUGCAACUCACUGCUGUGAUUCUGCCCUUAAAGCCUCUGUUGUCAGUACUGAGCAGGGUAAUUAGCUUUGGUGACUGCACUCAGUCACACCUGUUAAUAAUUUGCCCUUAUAGAUAGAUUGCAUCACCUUUUUCAGCAGGCUGUCAGCCUCAGAGAGCCUCCAUCUCCAGAGAUACAGAAUUCACGCUUUCUUGACCUUGGGGUAUUGCAGCAACUGUACCAUCACAUAUGGUGAGCAGAAGGCAUCUGUGUUGUGUUUACCUCUCUCAGAGACCACAGGGUCUCAUUAAGUUCAGACUGUCCUUGAACUAACUAUGUAGCCUACACUGGCCUCAAACUCACAGCGAUUCUUUGGCCUCAGACUCUGAGCACUAGGAUUACAGGAAUGCAAAUAAUCUUAUAUAAAAAGGAGCAGAUUGCCACUGUCCUCUUGGAUGCCUAAGCUGUUCUGAUGUGUAACAAAAAAGUGUUCAGUCGUGUUUCACCGUCAGUCUUACAAGAUGGAAGCCAUUGAUAUGUCCCAUGGGUUAUUUUCUGUUGGCCCAGUCUGCUUUCAUGAAGGACAGACAAAGGCAGAAAGCAUGAUGACUGACUGCGUGCAAGAUUAUAAGGGCUCGCUGACCUUUGAGGAUGUGGCUGUGGAAUUCACUCCAGAGGAGUGGGCUUUACUGGACCUAAUUGAGAAAAACUUAUACAGAGAGGUGAUGCUGGAGAACUACCAGAACCUGGUCUCAGUAGGGUGUCAGCUCAUCAAACCCAGCCUGAUCUCUUGUUUUGAGGUGGAAGAAGAGUUGAGGACAGUGGAGAGAGGUGUUCUUCAAGAAUGGGUACUGCAGCUUAACACCAAGGGGACAGCACUUCAACAAGAUACUUUUUGGUUAAAAACAGCAAAUGAGGUACAACUGGCAAGGAAUCAACCCAUAGAGAAGUUCUAUGGUCUUCGGCCAUGUGGAGAAAUCUUCAAAGAUCACUCAAGCCUUUUGACACAUGUGGGUACACAAUAUGGAGGAAACACUUGGGAUUGUAGACAGUAUGGAAAAGACUUUCCUGCUUUGCACAAGGAAGUAUCUUCCACAGACCAACUUCCUAUGUUCAGUCAGUAUGGAAAAGUCUUUAGAUUGACUCAGAAUGAGGCUUACCAUACACUGUGUGAACAACCAAAAUCUCUUGAAUGCAGUGACUUUGUGGAAGCCUUUGUCAGUCAGCCAGGGCCUGAGACUGAUGGGAGAACUAGGAGAGCAGACAGACUCUUCCAAUGGACACAGUGUAGCGAGGCUUUCAAUUCUUCCAUGAGUCGUGGUGCACAUGAUCAAACAUACGCUGGGAAAAAACCCUAUGAAUGCAAGGAAUGUGGGAAAAGUUUUAAGUAUUCUGCCAAUCUUAAUAUUCAUAUGCGAACCCAUACAGGGGAGAAACCUUAUCAGUGUAAGGAAUGUGGGAAAGCCUUUUCUAGGUGUUAUCCACUGACUCAGCACUUAAAAACUCACACUGAAGAGAAGCCUUUUGAAUGUAAGGUUUGUGGAAAAUGCUUUAGAAAUUCCUCAUGCCUUAAUGAUCACUUUCGAGUUCACACUGGACUGAAGCCCUACAAAUGUAAGGACUGUGGCAAAGCAUUCACAGGGCGCUCUGGCCUCAGUAAGCAUCUACCAACUCACACUGGAGAGAAGCCGUAUGAAUGUAAGGAGUGUGGGAAGGCCUUUACUUCCUCCUCUGGCCUUAUUAAACACAUGAAAAGUCACACAGGGGAGAGACCAUUUGAAUGUGACCACUGUGGGAAGGCUUUUGCUUCUUCUUCAUCCCUUAUUACACAUUCGAGAACCCACACUGGAGAGAAGCCUUUUGAGUGUAAGGUGUGUGGAAAAGCAUUUACAUGUUCUUCCUAUCUUCGCAUCCACAUGCGGACUCACACUGGAGAGAAACCCUACGAGUGUAAGGAGUGUGGCAGAGCCUUCACUGAGCGCACAAGCCUUACUAAACACUUACGAACACACACUGGAGAGAACCCCUUUGAAUGUACUGUAUGUGGGAAGGCAUUCGCCUGCUCCUCCUAUCUUCACAACCACAUACGAACUCACACUGGUGAGAAACCUUACAUAUGUAAGGAAUGUGGGAAAGCCUUCACUGUUUCCUCACACUUAAGUAAACACCUAAGAAUUCACACAGGUGAGAAACCCCAUAAAUGUGAGCAGUGUGGAAAAGCCUUCACUGUGCGAUCAGGCCUCACUAAACAUGUGCGUACUCACACUGGGGAGAAGCCCUAUGAUUGCAAGGAAUGUGGGAAAGCCUUCACCACAUCCUCAGGCCUCCUUGAGCACAUAAGAAGUCACACAGGAGAGAAACCAUAUGAAUGUGACCAAUGUGGGAAGGCCUUUGCUUCCUCGUCUUACCUUAUCGCACAUUUAAGAAUUCAUACUGGAGAGAAGCCCUUUGAGUGUAACAUGUGUGGGAAAGCAUUUACAUGUUCUUCCUACCUUCACAUCCACAUGCGAACUCACACUGGGGAGAAACCCUAUGAGUGUAAAGAAUGUGGCAAAGCCUUUACUGUUUAUUCACACCUAAGUAAGCAUGUAAAAACUCACAGUACAGAGAAGCCCUAUAAAUACAAGGGUUGUGGAGUAGCCUUCAGUACUAUUUCUCAUCUUCCUGAACAUGUGAACACUGGAGAAAAGCCCUCUGGAUGUAAGGAGUAUGGAAACUGCUUUAGGAAAUCCACUUGCCUUAGUAUUACAUUCAUCAAAUUCACAAUGGCAAGAAGCCGUUUCGAUGUAAGCCAUGCAUAGUAUUCACUUGUCCUGGUUACUUCAGACCUAAAAGAACUCACGGUGUAAAGAAUAAUGUAAAAUAAAUGUAAAGAACAUAAACCAUCAGCAUCAGCUUACAAUCCAGCUUGUAAGGACUCACCUUGAAGCUACAUAAUGUCAGAAACAUGAGACUUCCCUGUCUUGAGAUCUCACUUAAGUAUGUGAAAUCUCCCAGUGGAGAAAAGGUAUUGCUACAUAUAUGGAAAAGCUGUAGUCUGCUAAGCACUUUGAUGGUUGUCUGUAAUAUCACAAUGGACAAAGACUUCAUGAAAGUAAGAAAUGUUAAAAAAAUCAUUGUUUACAUUAUUCUUCAACCUUUAAUAAAAAUGAUCCUUUCUCCAGAAACUA